AUGAACACACCUUCUUCAGAAGCCCUACCUUCUUCCCAAAACACUCGGAGUGUUUCUCCACCCCCUCAGUAUUCUUCACAGGAGCCAUAUCGCAAUCCACGUCCAAACAACCGCUCCCUGGCUAGAACCAGGCAGAUUAGUGUGUCGACGGGCGACAACAUCCGAUAUGGCGCGACCUCCAACGCCAUGUUGGGUGAAGGGACUAACUGCUGGAGUGAUGAGUUCACGGCCAGUGCAGUCCUUUCUUUACUUCACAGAGAACCCUUGAGCCCUCUGCCCUGCCCCGUGACGUACAACCCAAUAAGUGCCCGAAACACGUCACUUCUAACCUGUACUGUCUGCUUUGAGACUUUCAGGGACGAUUUCUUUCCUGAUGCCCCGAUCGCAGCCGGCUGUGAUCAUGCGUCCAUGCCCGGCACACAUAUAUGUCUCGGCUGUCUCCGUCGCAGCUUAGACGUACAGCUUUCUUCAUCGGACACGAACCAACUGGAGUGCCCUCUUUGUCACGAACAGCUAUCCGAUGAGGAGGUCCACCGGUGGGCUAGUCGACGGACCUUCCAGGCCUAUGAUCGCAGGCGGACUUGGCAGGUUUUGGAGGAAGACGCCGAGUUCAUCAUGUGCAUCCGAUCAGACUGCGGGUAUGGGCAGCUACACGCCGGUGGAUUAGAAGACCCAAUCGUUGUAUGCGGCUCAUGCGGCACUCGAACAUGUUUUAUCCACCGGCAGACUCCCUGGCACGAGGGUCUGACAUGUGCACAAUACGAAGACAUGAUUAAUCCCAGAGUCAGCAAUGAUAGCAUCGAGGCAUAUCCCGAAAACACCCCUGAUGUAUCCUCUGAGUCUCACGAAUGGACUCAUCCUGCAGUGUCCCCACGGAAAGGUCGGGGAAACACAUCCGAUGCGGCGUAUGUCGGCAUGAAUGGUGCUGGGACUGCGGCAUCAGUUGGCACCGGGGACAUCGAGACACGGAAUGUAUUCUAUCCCCGCAGUGAAUGA